GAUCUCAAUGAGUGCCACAAUGACAGCAAAGUUUGUGUGGAGAAUUCACAAUGCAGAAACACAGAGGGCUCCUAUGAAUGCAUCUGCUGUGCUGGCUUUUUGUGGAAUCCUGAAACGCUGAGCUGUGAGAGAGAGUUUAUAAGUGAGUUUGGAUAAGAAUAGUUAACACACAGACCUCAUUUUUUAACCGUUCCUUAUCUUGGUGCAUUGAUGACGUCAGCAAACUUUAAUGUUUAGAAUUAGUUAAAUGACACACCAAUUGCAACACAGAUACAACUUGAAAUAUUACAGAAAUUAUGAGUUUGCAUCCAUUAAUAAUUAUUGCAAAUAUGAUUUUUUCCUUUACAAAAAAAAAAUACUUUAUGUCAAUAAAUUAUUGUAAAACAAUCAGACCUCAUUGCUUCAAGCUAAAUCAAUGCAAAAGAUGUAUUUUUGCUCUUAAAUUUUUUUCUAUAGAUAUAAAUAAGAGAAAUAUUUCAUAUUUUAAUAACUUUUUUAAAUUUAAAAUUUUGAUUUUGAUUUGUGUUUUCUAUUUUAAAUGACACGUUUACAUUUAGACUACAGUUCUUUCUUGUACAACAUUCCCCUGACAGUUGAUAAGUUCUGAUGUUUUGAUCUUCUCAACAACACCAUAAGCCUUAAUUAAAAAUGGACGACACAAAAUUUCAUUGUUUGUUUGUCUUUGUUCCCUGCUCAGGUUUCCCAACACUCCCGGAUAACUCCACCUGCUGUGCACUAUGCACCGAUACUGUUUGUGAGGAAUCUGAAAGUCUUCCAAGCCCAAUCUGUUACACAGAGGACGGUCAACGUACCCAGUUCCCGACAUACAAGCGAAUGUACCAGGAGCGCUGCAUUAGCAAUCUCCCAUUGAAUAAUGAGAAUAUCAUAAAAGGAAAGUGCCCACGAGAUAACCCUGUACCUUCAAAUGGAUCAGGUAAUAAAUAUGGUAGACUAUUGCUCUAUAUCAGCUGGAUUUAUAUGAAAGGAAACAACAUUUCACACUUAGUUUUUUUUUACGGUUCUAUAAUCGUAAAGACCCGAAUUCCCAUUUCAAAAGAAAGAAAGAAAAGAAAUUCUGUUUCUUUACUGAUAAUUGUUUUUUUCCCCAAACACUUUAAUUUAGAUGCCCCUUAUUUACACCACUGUCUAAUACCUUGCAACAAACUAAAAAAUGUUCUGAAGAUACAUUUUAAAUUAUCUUUGAUCAUAAAUGUUGGAUACUAUUUUUCUGUUUUUCCAAAUUUUUUUGAAUCAUUGAAGAGAACAAAAAAUAUUGAAUAAAAAAAAUUAAGCAAUGAUUAAUUGGUACUGACAUGUGGAGCUUCAAAUAUUGUUGAUGCUAAGCUCAUAAUAAGCUUAUAGGAAUGUUCAUUCUUUAUAGAGCUUUUGAAAUUAAGUUUUUGAAAGGUUUUUUUGGAGGUUUUUUUUCAUAAUUAUUUCCCUUUAUAAAAUGUAGGUCUAAAAACAAUUUUUAACUUUACACAUAAAAUGAUUGAAAGGAGUAUGCGAAAUAGUAGUUUAAUUUCUCAAACACUUACCCAAAAUAUUUUUACAUAAAUAACCUAAUUAUUAUUUAAUUUCUUUUCUCUCUGUGGCCAAGGUUCAGAGAAAAACUGUGGUCUCCCAAGUGUAAUCAUGAAAUACCAAUUUUAUUUGUUUUAUCCGGUGUUGUGUUGCUGAGGCAAAAAUCUAGAGAGUAGUCCACCUUGAUUUUUAAACUCAAAUAUUAAAUAAGAAAAUACAAUUUUUUUAUGUUUCCUUCUAAGGUCUGCCACCUUUACCUACUUCUUGUGAUGACCCUACAAUUUGCAGUGCUCUUGCUCCACCACCCCCAGGUAUAGCAGAAGGUAAGAUCUUUAUUUACCACCUUUGGUUUAAAAUGUACAUCUUAAUAAAACAUUAUAUGUACAUUUAUUCAUAUUAAUUCUCAUUGAACAAAUUUUAAAAUGUGUAGGGCCUAAUUGUUUUAUUUAAAUUUAUUUUUAAAUGAAACCUAAUAUGAUUGUUUAGUGCAGAAGACUUUGGGUGUGAGAUGAUGCGGAUUAAUCCAUGUUCAUUAGUUUAUAUGUAUUUAACCAGGCCCAGUGUGUGGACCAAGCAAUGCGGAAUCACCAAAGAGCUACCCAACCUACUGUGACAUGGUAAAAGCCGUUUGCAAGUCUUCUGGGGGACCAACUAGUUUGCCAAGGGACUCUGCUAUAAAAGCUUCCCCAGGGGAAUGUGGCAAAGGAAAUGGUCCACCGAAGCCUCAGCUGCCACGUAAGCUAACAACUUAUUAUGCUUUAUCUUUCACCUCCAAGUUAAAAAAACGAGCUUGGCUUAUAAUUCUAGUUUUUAUCAUUUGAGAAGAGAUAUCGAUAUAUGCACCCAAAUUUACUCAUUUUUGCUGGGUAAUAGUCUUACAUUAUAAAUUUAUCCUCAGCUUCAGAGCCAAUCUUCACUCCAUGGAGCCCAUACAGCCAAUGCUUGUUUACGGACAAGCUCAGAAAUUGUGGUGAGGGCACCCAAGUUAAAAACAGACAAGUGGCUCCAUACGAUGACUUCAGGCCUGUGCGUCAAGUAGAGCCCUACGAGACCGGUGCAAGCCGGCCUUGUUUUGUAGCUUGUGUUAAUAUUUUGACUGGUAAGUCUUCACCUGAAAAGUUAACUCUAUCUCUUAUAUAUAUUUUGCUUGUGGUUCGUCCUGCUUCCGCUUCAAAACCAGCACCCUCCCACUACUUAACAAGUUGUAUAUUAAUAGUACUGAGUGAAAAAAAAGUCUGUCACACAGGGAGCUUCAUGUGUGACAUCUGAACUGAGGUAAAUAGUUUGAAAGGCAAUGCAUUCUCACUAUGACAUAAGACAGUGGAUUUCAUUGCAUAUUAUAGAAAAUGAGAAGUUUUUUUUUUUUUUUUUUUUUUUUUUUUUUUUUUUUUUUUUUUUUUUUUUUUGUUCCCCUUUGUUUUUUUUUUUUUGCAAUACUUGGACCUACUAGGUAUUUUCUCAAAAUACCUGGACCUGGUAUAAAAAAAUUGCACCUGGUUAAUCCCUAUUUUGUUAUGAUUCAUGUAGUGCUAAGCUGGUAUUUCAACAAUGAUUGAUCCCCUUUGAUAGAUUUCAUUACAUUUAAAUUUGUCUGAACAUUUUUUGGAGUAUCAAGGACAAGCUUAAUCUGUCUUUCUUAAAAUCAAUGAACAUAAAGAGAUUAAUUUCUUUUUGGUCAAGUGACUUAACCAGGGUUAACGCCACCUGGGAUGGGUCAAGAAUUUUGCGCCUCCCAAAGGUGUUAAUAAAUUCCAAUUUAUAUGCACUGAGAAGAAGAAUAAUGAGACAAAGCAAUGCCUCCCUUUAAAAUUUCAUAGUUACCUUGACAAUUGAUCAACAACAAUUCCAUGAUGCGUUCAGAUAAGAUAAAAAAAAAUUCCAUGGUGAGUUCAGAUAAGGUAAACCACAAUUCCAUGGUGAGUUCAGAUAAGAUAAACAACAAUUUACCUGCUUGCACAUUUUAAUUUCUACCUUAUAAUGUUUGUGUGUUUCACAGGCGCCCCAGAGGGACUCUGCCCUGAACAGAGUUUAUGUAACGAGGUUGACCCAGUGUGUGGCUCUCUAGGAGCAGGUGCUGCCAAGGAAUUCAAGAGUGAAUGUGAACUAAACAUUUCUGCCUGCCAGGCUUCCAAAGUGCCACAUAAACUCUACUCAGGCAGCUGUGACCCCGAAGAUGGUAAGCUAACAUUACUUUAAUUAAACAAUUUAAGUGUCAGAUUUUGUUGGUUGUAUAAAUUAAUUCAUAAUAUUACUAAGUGAAAACAAGCCUGUAUAUUGAUUUGUAUAGUAUUUACUGGAAACUAUAACAUCAAAGUGAGUUUUUAAAAAAAUUCGUUGUCAUAACUCAUUGAAAUAUGUUUAGGCCACUUCAAAUUAAAACACUGAGCAUUCUAGAUUUACUCUCGCAUUUCUCAAAGCCAUUGGCACCACUGAGAAAUAAAAAAAAUCGACUUUAAAUAAAUCUUUUAAUAUGCAAUGUACUUUUUAAGUCUGGAUUUGUUCAUUCAUGAUUGACUCAUGCACUUGAAGAUGUGAUGAGAUUUUAUACGACUAUGCCUUGAUUGGCUGUCACUGGCAUUCAAUUCACAUCCCAAUUUUGGCAGGCUCUGCUCUGCGGCGCUACUGUGAGGAAGCCGGGCCUGUUCAAGUCGCUGUUAAGUAUGACAUCGAGAAAGAUGGUGAGCACUGUGUGGGUGAGCCCGUGACCAUCGGGUCCUGCGGGGACCUGCUCUGCGAGGGGGAGGCCGGCACAUGUUGCAAGGCCACUAAGUUCGAGCAGAUCCAGGUGGAUGUCCAGUGCUACAGUCUCAGCACCAAGCAGCCCAUCAGCCAGAUCAAACAUGUUGUAAGUAGUUCAAUCAUUUCCCAUCUCUGUCCAAGUGCAUUCCAAGAGUUAGGUUAGCUGAGGAAAUUUAAAAUUUUAUAAAGGAGACUUCACUAUAAUGGGACCUUCUGAGUCUAAUUUUCAGAGACUUAACUCACACUUGGAAGAUAUGGGUGGGACUGGAAUGAAUAGGCCUACCAUCCAUAACUAUAACAUGGAGUAAAGCAAUGCUUUGAAUUGAAUCCAUUGGCAUUGGUUGGGGUCUACCUAAGACUGCCUUCUCCUUUCUUUUGUCAAGCAUACUGGUUAAAUAGUUUUUAAGUUUGUGUUCCAUAACAUUUGAACUCUUUUCUAAUUUAUUAUUUUAAUUGCUUUAGAAGACAGCAUUUCGAUCAAAAUUUAGAGUAAACAUAAGCGAAUAAAUAUUGCAUCAUUUAUUUUUAAAUAGUUAUUUUCUUCCAUAAAACUAAUGCUGCUUCUAGCUAAUAAAUACAUGUUUGUAAUUGGAUUGAAUAUAAAAUACUUAUGAUUGUAAGACUAUUCAUGUAAUGCUAAUAUCCUCAUUUCUGACAGCAUGUUUAAUUCUCCACAGUACAUCUCGGCCAUAGAAUGCCAGUGUCAAGCCGGCAGUCCAUAAAAUAAUGGAUCACUGUUAGCUGUAGGAAUAUAAGAAUGUAAUUGCUGU